AUGACGUCUCUGAUCCCUCGCCCUCCAUAUACGCAGGAAGAGCUCGACCGGCUCUACCCUAAAGGACUGGAACUGCGACUCGUUCAGAUUCUUCUUCGCCAUGGUGAACGUACACCUGUGUCUGCUCGUUUCGGAAAUGCGGGCCUCCCUGCAUAUUGGCCGUACUGCAAUGCGGCGCAACGACUCCUAUCGGUCGCCAUGACCCCUGAAAGUGUCUCACAAUGGAAUUCCUUACAGUGGAGGAGAAGGCUUGAAAGAUUCGGCGAGGAUGAUGGUCCCGUCAUCGCAGCUGGACCGGCUGGCGAGGCGGAUGGAGUCUGUCAGCUAGGCGAACUCACGGACAGAGGCCGUGAAACAACCUACGAAUUAGGAAGGCGUCUCCGCCAUCUUUAUGUCGACCAGCUGAAAUUCAUGCCCGCCCUGAUCGCAAAUGCGGAUCUGAUCUACCUGAGGGCCACCCCUCUCCCUCGAGCCCUUGAAUCUGUCCAACAGACCUUUUGGGGCAUGUACCCUUUGACGGCACGUACGGCUGCUUUUCCUGCGCCCACCAUCGUCACGAGAACUCCUGCCGACGAAACUCUGUUUCCCAACGACGGAAAUUGUCGACGCUUCGCACAAUUGUCCCGAGCAUUCGCACAACGGACCGCAGAUCGGUGGAAUGAUACGGAUGACAUGAAAUACGUGACCAAAUUGAUUGGGAAAUGGAUGCCUGAGAACUCCAAUAAGCAAGUUGCUGUCGAUUCACAUCCGCGUUUGUCGGGGAUCAUGGACACCAUCAAUGCGACUCUCGCCCAUGGCCCUCCAACGCGCCUGCCCAGAGAGUUCUACGAUGAGAAGUCGCGUGCCAUAAUCGACCGUAUCGGUGUUGAAGAAUGGUUCUCAGGGUACAACGAAAAUCGGGAAUAUCGCAUGCUCGGGAUAGGGUCCCUGAUCGGCGACAUUGUCGAACGUAUGACAUCCAAGAUUGAAGGAGCAGGUCUCAGUAUCAAUGAGAUUGGCGGGGAAAAUGGACGUCUGGGCAAAGGGAGAGGUGGUGAGAAGGGCAUUCGGUUCGCCAUAUCUGGUUGUCACGAUACCACUUUGGCGGGAGUCUUGACCAGUCUCGGUGCUUUCAAUGGUGAGAAAUGGCCUCCUUAUACUAGUCACAUUGCCUUCGAAUUGUUCAGAAAGAGCGACCUAGACACGCCAGCAUCAGCGGAAACUUCAGACACGCCAGUGUUCUCGGAACCGAGAGCUCCCGGCGAUUCGAGCACCAAACAAGACUUCUUCGCCUCCUUCCUCGGUCUUCGCUCUCCAACAACAUCGUCGCAAUCAUCUUCCGCGUCCUCAUCGUCCAAUCCACUCUCACCAUCCCGUCUAUCUGCCCACUCGACUUUCUCCUCUGUUGUUCCUCCUCAAGAUCUCAUUGCCCGGUCACCGCAUAAUGAACUGUCAGAAUCGCAAAAAGCUCGUCUGGAACCAUAUUACGUCCGAAUACGAUACAAUGAUGGUGUAAUGAAGAUCCCGGCCUGCGCAAAACCUGGAAACAAUUACGAAGGUGAUGAGAGCAUCUGUACCUUUGAAGCGUUCAAACGAGUCGCGGAUGGCUAUGUGCCGAAGAACUGGAAGGUACAAUGUGGGGAGAAUAUGGAUAAGGCAAUUGCUGGGCUGGAUUCCGCACCUGAGAUGGCGGGACAGAUCGAAGAAGGGUUUUGA